AUGAUUAUAAAAAAACAAAAAAAAAACUUGAUACGUUUUACAUGGUUAGCUUUAGUAAUAAUACCCAGUUUCUAUUUUAAAAGCUUAGUUUUUGAUAAUUUUUUAAGUCUCAAAUUUGAUAAGUAUAAAAAAAAGAUAUAUAGCAUAAAUUCUAUCAAUAAAACUUUACCAAAAAAUAAUAUUGAAGAAAUAAAUAAUUAUUUACAUUAUAAUAAUUUUCAUUAG